CUUGCAAAAACUGAAUUUUGAUAAGCAUUUUACUAUACUUGUUCCAACAUGCAACUCCGUUUUGCACUGCUUCUUCUCAUUAUUUGUUUUAAAGCGUGUCUAAAUUCACCUCUCAUUUGCACAAAUGGAUUCACUCUACUCAACAAAAAAUGUUUGAAACUGUUUGACACUAAAGUGAACCACACAUCGGCUGAAAGCUCAUGUAAUAGUUUUGGAGCAACACUUGUCACGGUGAAAAAUGUUAAUGAUGAACAAGCCAUUGCCACUGUAGUAGCUGCAAGUUCUGCCCGACUGAUUUGGCUUGGAUUGUAUUGCUUUGAUAGUGAUCCUGCCAAAUGCUUGUGGGAUGAUAACUCUGGCUCUGCACAGAGUUACGACAACUUUUCAAUUGAUUUUCCUCUCGUCGAUGCUGGUCAUUGUGUGUACUUAUCUACACUGGGAGCGUUAGCUGGGAAAUGGAUCAGCGAGGAUUGUGAGAGCAAGCUCAUGUCCUAUAUUUGUGAACUGCCGACAACUCAUGCAGACGACUGUACCUACAAUUACAAUGGGUACUGCUACACAUUCAGCUCAACUGCCGAACCAUUUAUCAUUGCACAAACCAAAUGCGCAGAAACCUAUGGAGACCUUGUGUCGAUACAUUCAUCAAAUGAAAAUCGAUACAUUGAAACGUUUGCCGCACAAGAUUAUUACCUCAUUGGAGCAGUGUGGAAAUUGGAUAAUAGUCUCUACUGGUUAGAUAAAUCCAAGUGGGACUACAAUAACACCGAUCCAGAGAACUCAUAUCGAGGGGAUUACUGCGUGGCAAUGUCAACGGUCAUUUCGUCCCCUAUUCCGUCUGGUUUCUGGUUCAGUACAAAUUGUACUCGUCCUGCCAAAUAUAUUUGCAAGCGCCCAGCUGGCGUGCAGUCUACAACUGCAUCACCAGUAACUGUGGCCCCAAGCCCUGCAAACCCAUCAAACUGCAACGCAGGCCUACUAAUGUCUCCAGGAGUCAUCACCUCUCCAAACUAUCCCGAGAACUAUUUCAACAACGAAAACUGCACUUAUCAGCUGUCCACAUUGGGAGCGUAUAAGAUUGCUCUACGAUUUGCGUCAUUCUCCACGGAAGCAAAUGAUGUUGUAACAGUGUAUGAUGGCCUGACAACGGAUAGUCCCUGUCUGCGCCGAUGCAGUGGAACUCAGAGACCCUUUGCACUGACUUCGAGUGGAAAUACCAUGCUGGUAACGUUCACGUCAGACUCGAAGGGCAUUUCCAGUGGAUUCUAUGCGAGAUUCUCGUCGAUUGUUUAUAGACGCUAAUGUUACAAAUAAAAGUAUGAUGAAAGCUUU